AAGGUUUUAUAUAAAACAAAAAAAUCCUUUUUUUCCAGUUUUAUAUGAGUCAAAAUACAAUUAAUAAUUAUUAUCCUUCAGAAUAUUCAUUUUCAGAAAGAAAACCUCUUAGAUGUACAUCACUUCAUCAUUCAAUACAAUUAAAUUCAAAUGAAGAAUCAGAAAGAGUUUUUAAUAAUAAUUUGUCUAAUGAAACGAAUUUUUUACAAGGAUAUGAGACAAAUAUAUAUGAAAAUGAAAAUAAUGAAUAUAUAAUACAUGGAAUGAAUGAUAAAGAAGCACAGAAUAGUUCAUCAGAUGAAGAAAGAGGGAUUAAUCAAGUAGAAGAAAAAAAUGUAUAUUUUACAGAUUAUGAGGCAAAUAUAUCUAGAAUAAAUAAGAAAGAAGGAAUUAGAAUAGAAAAAAAGCCAUUUUUAUUGGGAGAAAAUAAUGAAUUGAAUAAGAAAAGAAUGGUUUCAGAAUUUUAUCAAAAAGAAUUAGAUGAUAUUGAUUUAUUUACAAUGCCAUAUGUUCAAUCGGAUGCAAUUAAACGAGUAGUGAUUAGAAAUAAUUCAUUAAUUCCUAAACCUAAAAUGAUUCAAAGAAUUGCAGAAAGUUUACUUGAAGAAUCAUCACCAGCUGAUUCUGAAAUAAAAAAUGAAGCACUUCUUUCAGAAAUAUUACGAAAAUCAAGAUAUAUUGGUGGUUGUAUAAAUUCAUAUAAUAAUAUUCAAAAAAAAGAAUUAAACGAUAUAAAUAAUAAUUCAUUUAUAACAUCAAUUCAUAAAAAUGAUUUACAUUCUAGAGAGAUUACAGAUUUAUUUCCUGUUAAAAAGCCAUCCUCUAUAUUUCAACAAAAACCAAAUACUGAUUGGACUGUAAAAAGCAAUCCAAUGCUUUCUCCUUCACCUAUAAAGAACUUUAUGCAAAAUGUAAGAACUUCUAAAAGAAAAGUUAAUUCUGAUGAACGAUUCGAACCAUAUCUUUCUUUUAAACGAAGAGCUGUUUCUCCCAGUCUUGGAAGUAGUAGUCCUACUUUAACAACAAAUAGUUCACCUCUUUCUUCUAAAUUUAAUAUUUUUCCUAUGCAAGAUACCAACGAUAGUUUAAUGAAAAUGAGUUUACAAUAAAUAUUUACACAAUAUUAUUAUUACUUUUUCAAAAACUUUGAUAUA